GUACGCGCGCGCGCGCGCGCGUGUGUGUGUGUCUGUGUGUGUGUGUGUGGCGCCUGCCCAGGGGAUAUGGACUCCGAUGCCAGUCUGGUGUCCAGCCGCCCGUCCUCACCGGAGACAGAUGACAUCUUCCUUACAGCCCGGAGCAAGGGUAGCAGUGGUGGGGGUGGCGGUGGCUUCUCCGGGGGCACGGUCUCUUCUUCCACCCCAAACGAUUGCCAGUCGGAGCUAAGCGUGGAGCUUCGAAACGCCAUGGGCACGGCGGGCGUGCACCCGGGGGAUAAGCUGGGCGGCGGCUGUUUUAAGUCUUCGUCCUCCACCACCUCUUCUUCCUCUUCCACCUCAUCAUCUUCCUCGGUCGCAUCUUCUACCAAGAAGGACAAGAAGCAGAUGACAGAGCCGGAAUUACAGCAGCUUAGGCUCAAGAUCAACAGUCGUGAGCGCAAGCGGAUGCACGACCUAAACAUCGCCAUGGACGGACUUCGAGAAGUCAUGCCAUAUGCGCACGGGCCCUCGGUGCGCAAACUCUCCAAGAUCGCUACUCUACUUCUGGCCCGCAACUACAUCCUGAUGCUUACCAACUCCUUAGAGGAAAUGAAGCGGCUGGUCAGUGAGAUCUACGGAGGCCACCACGCUGGUUUCCACCCGUCAGCCUGCGGGAGCUUGGCACAUUCGGCGCCCCUGCAGGCGGCCGCUGCGCACCCAGCAGCUGCAGCAGCGCACGCCUCUCACCACCCAGCAGUCCAUCACCCAAUAUUGCCGCCCGCUGCGGCGGCUGCAGCUGCGGCGGCUGCAGCCGCCGCGGUCUCCAGCGCCUCCCUUCCAGGUUCUGGCCUCUCAGCAGUCAGCUCCAUCCGACCUCCUCACGGCUUGCUCAAGUCUCCCUCGGCGUCCGUGGCCACCCCGUUGGGUAGUGGAGGGGGAGGCGGUGGCAGUUUCCAGCACUGGGGUGGGAUGCCCUGCCCGUGCAGCAUGUGUCAGGUGCCACCACCUCACCACCACGUUUCCGGUAUGAGCACGACCAGCCUCCCCAGACUCACUUCCGACGCCAAAUGAGCUCAGCCACAGCCAAAUAAGUCUUUGGAACGGGCUCUGGGUGGGGACUGAGAGGGUGAGGAGCAGAACUAGCUCCAGCUGUGGAUCAUUUUCCUAGAGAAAAAGGGAGAGAAAAGGAUGAAGAAUCCUAGACUGUGAAUCUCUAAGAGACCGAAAAGACAGAGGCCCCAGUUGCUAAGGUCGGUGACCUUUUCCCUGUGGCCUCUGCCAUCCCUCCCGGACCUACAAACAAAACAAAACACUCGUUUGAUAAGGCAAUUUAAAGAAGGCACUGGCAACUUCCACUUCUAUGUUCCCCUUCUCUUCACCAGGCAAGACGCUGUUUCUUUGCUGCUGAUUGAAGCCGAAAAGGAUCUGACAACACUUGCACCGAUAUAUUUUUUUAAAUUUUUUUCUCUCCUUCCCCCAGUUUCUUCUUCCUAUGGAUCAUUAAUUAGCUCAGAGACCUGGAAAAGUGAGUCCGAGAGGGGCUAAGUUCUGGUUGCAACAGGCAGACUUGGACACACCUCAUAUACUAGUUCUUUUAGUCUCCCCCUUGUAUAGAAGUUGGAUAACGGUAUUCUGUACAGCGCAUACUUGUUCUUUCCAUUUUCACUAAUUGUAUACACCCACAAGUCACCGUGAAUUAUGGCAAUUUUUUAUUUGUUAUUUUAUUUUGCUUUAUUCAGCAUUGUUCUUGUUCAUUCGAGUUUUUUGUUAUUGUUGUUGGCUUUUUAAUGUGAAUUUUUAUUUUCUCAAAAGAGGACACUUAGUAGGCAAAGUGAGAAGUGACGUUUUUGAAUUGGAGUAACCAAAACGGCCAAUACCUUUUUAGUGGUAUUCUUAGUUAUAUACAUUUUAAAGGCAUUUUACUUCUUUCUUCCUAUUUUUUCUGUUGCAGAUCACAAAAUGUGAAGGUGGAUUAGUUUCUUCGUUUCUUACGUGGUUUGAUAUCCAGUAGUUUGAAACAACUAAAAAAAAUGUUGUUGUAAAUGUAGUCUGAGUAAUUUUUGUUUGUUUGCUUGUUUUUUAAAGUUUCUCUUGUGAAGUUGUAAAUAUAAUGUCAGAUGAUGAAAUGCGUUCCUUUUUGCUGGAGCUUUCUGUUUGUACAUGUAUGCUGUAUGAGGCUCGUGGUUGUCUAAAGUUUUCCUUUAUUAAUGUUUUCUUUAGGCCACUUUUAACAAUAUUAUGACAAACCUUCAGUGUGCUUUCUUUGUCAAAACAAAACAAAACAGAAUUCCACAUUACCUUGCUGUAAUACUUAGUACUGGGCUUCUUAGCAUCUGCAAUAUAACAUCACUUUUCUUAUCGCUGCUCCCUGCAGAGAUUUUAUCAUCUGUUUUAUUUUUGUAAAAAAAAAUGCUAAAUAAUAUUUAUUACUUGUUUGGUUGCAAAAACAUAAAAUAAAUGAUCAAC